AUUUGGGAAUUUGAUCGUUUAACACACUUAUAACAAUGUCAACAGCAGAAAGAGCAGAAAUGGCUGAACAACAAUCUACUGCAAAUGAGAAAUUCGAAACUCGACCGGAGCCACCGCUGCCACCACCACUAGGGAAACAAGAAGAAGAAAAGCCCGAAGUAAAAGAAGAGAAAGGUGCAGAUAAGGAGAUGAAGCCAUGGGAACAGCAUUCAUCUGUGAUAAGCAUCCCUCGAUUUGAUUACAACGCUCCGUCUGCUCUUCUCCAACAUUCACAUUCUGGAUUCCUCAUUACCUGCCCAAUAAAGAGGGAGAAAAGUGCCACAAAAGAAGUCAUGUCUAUCUUUGAAAAGUAUCUUGGAUCCCAUAAUAGCUACUCCAAACGUAUGGAAAAGUUAGAUGUAGAUGCUGCUGCUAAGAGAAGAAAAACAUUUAUGGGAGCCAUUAAAGGGGAAAGCUUGAGUAGUUCGGAGAGUACACAUGAUGCUGAUAGGCAUGGAGAUUCUGGUAAACUUCAAGAAAGUUCUACUUCCCCUGCAGACUCAGAUAUAUCUAUAGGUAAAUUUGAGGAUCUUUCUCUGGUCAAGUUGACACGAAGUGGUUUACUUCUCUUUACAUAUCCUAGGAAUAAAUCUCCUCCUGUUGUCGAUAUUGUUGCAAACAUUAUUCAGUCUCUAGAUUCUGGAUGUUCAAAGUCACCACUUUGGUGUCAUCGUAUGUUCCCAAUCCAAGCUACUUGUAGUAUAGAUGAGAAUGAAAUUCGUAGUACUGUGUCGAAGCUUGUCAAUCAGUUUGUAACAAAUCAAAAGAACGAACUUGCACAACCUUUGAAGUUUGCAGUUGGGUAUAACAGAAGAGGGAUUGAGGAGACAAAGAUGAUAAAAAUUACAAAAACGGAUUCUUUGAAUUCCAGUGCAUUAUCUAUGUUAGACCGCAACAAAUGCUUUACCGUUGUGGCCUCAGCAGUUAAAGAUGCUGUUCCAGAUUCAAUUGUGGAACUGAAAUGCCCUGAGUUUGCCGUGCUUCUUGAGGUAUUGCCACUUUCCGGAAUCCCUGGCAACUCCAUAGUGGUAUCUGUAUCUGUUCUUCCCCGAGCCCUAGUUAACACAAAACCACGGCUCAGCGUCAGGGCAUUGGUAUCAGAUUCGAAGGAAAAGAAUGGGAAGUGAGCCAAAUAAUGAUACAAUUCUGGAAUAGUAUCUUUUCCAACAGACCAAAUAACUAUUCUUUUCCUGAUUGGUGGUCGAGGCUUGUGCACUUUUGGCUAGCAUGGAGAUCAAUGAAAUGAUGAUUCAAUUAUAAUUACUUAAUCAGAAACAUUACAUAACAUAUUUAAUUUGCUGUUUUGAGUAAAGUUUGAUUUUUUUUGAAUCUUUUGGUUCAGCAUCCUGCAAGGGAUCCAGCAUAAUAGUGUUUCAUCGUUAUCAAGAACGAAGAUUAUUGGUAUCCAUGUUACAUAUAUGUGUAUAUGUUAAUGCUACCUCACUAACAUGAGUUUGGCAA